GCAAUAUUCCAUUUGAUUUUAGGCUUAUCUCUAAAGGACCCUCCCCAUCAUUUCUGGUGGAAAAUAUGUUUAAUUAAAGCUAUACAUUGCCUAUCAAUCUUCGAAUAUGAAUCGUGAUUGCCACUACUUUCUCUGUUUAUCGAGUCCUGGGAGUUUUGGUCUCCUCCAAGUUUCAUAGUCUCACGAUUCUUCUAAUUGAACUCAAACACUGCUAUAUAAUCCAUUCCUCACUGCAAAAAUCUCCAUUGCCUUCAUCUUUCCUUUCAUUUCUCAGAUUCUCAUUAAUUUGUUAAAGUAAAAAGAAGGAAUUUGUAGCCAAAAAACUGAGAUCAUGCUGAAAAGCCAUAAGCACAAGUUUAAGCCUGAAAAUCCAUGGUUUCUGGCCAUGGCUAUGGUGGUAUUGAUCAGCAGCGCGUUGCUUAUUGCUUCAUUUUUAAGAGGAAAUGCUUCUUCUAUAGUAUUUUGUAAUGGUGGUCCACGGCGGCCGGCCAACGCCGCGAACGGGACGGAGCUCCAGCUUGAGGCCAUUCUCCAUUACGCGACUUCGAAAGUGAUCCCACAGCAAACAAUUGAUGAGAUCAGACUCUCUUACGACGUUCUCAGAUCUCUUUCUCCCUGCAAUUUCCUCGUGUUCGGACUGGGUCACGAUUCCCUCAUGUGGGCUUCUUUCAACCCUCGCGGAACCACCUUAUUCCUCGAGGAGGAUCCUAAGUGGGUCCAGACCGUACUAAAAAACGCCCCUGGCCUCCACGCCAACACUGUCAACUACCGCACCAAGCUCUCCCACGCCAACGACCUCCUCUCGCACUACCGCAAUGAACGGGACUGUUCGCCGACAAAAUCUUUCAUCCGCGGUAAUAGCAGAUGCAAAUUAGCACUGAAUGUGCUACAGGACGAGGUGUACGAUAAGGAGUGGGACAUUAUAAUGAUUGACGCGCCGCGUGGGUAUUUCCCAGAAGCGCCGGGGAGGAUGGCAGCUAUCUACUCCGCCGCCGUGAUGGCAAGGAAUAGGAAAAGUCCCGGCGUUACCCACGUGUACUUGCAUGACGUGGAGCGCAAGGUGGAGAAGGUUUACGCAAAAACCUUCUUGUGUAAGAAGAAUCUGGUGAAGGCUGUGGGGAGGCUAUGGCAUUUCGAGAUUCCACCAACUACUACCAUGAACAGUACAUUUUGCUAGAAUGCGCCCCCAGUGCUCAUGUUAUCAUGUGGGGAUUAUUACUUCCUUUCCGACAGUCCCCACUUUCCCGUGAUUACAGAUUACUCGAAAUUCAUUAGUGAGCAGUUUACUACUUCGCACAAAUCCUUGCUUAGCGGGAAAGGGAUUAUUUGGGGGACUCUUCAACAAUAAACAGUCGCAUUCUCAAACAAAUUUGAGUGUUGUUAAUUUAUUGGUAACUAGUGUUACUUUCACAUUCCAGCUCAUUUCUUACAAUUCAUUGUCGUAUUGUUGUCAUUUACCUUGGAAUGUGAUUUCUCAACUGUUCCUGAUUAUAUUUCACAUCAAAGGGGCUUCUGGACGUAACUUACCAUCUUAGUUUCACAUGUUAAUUAUUUGAAUGGUUAUUGAACUUUGUCUAGUGUUAUUAUUUCAUAAUUGAAUUUAAAAAUAUAUCUCAA